AUGCCAACUUCUCUAUCACAUGCGAUCGAAGACUCAAGUCAGGAGACAAUGGUGACGAGUAUUGUCAAUGAGCAACCAGGCCAUAUUGUUCCAAACUCCAAUCCAACAGCAUCAUCACCUAGCAAUGAAAAUAAUCAGGGUAUUCCUCAUGAUGUUGUUCAUGCCACUAUUCAGCCUAUACCACGACGAGAUAUACAAAAUUAUCUACAUCAACCUAUAGGAAAAACGUUUGAUAUCAUACUCAUGGGUUCACCUAGAGUUGGAAAAAGUACACUGAUCAAUGCCAUUCUAUACAAAGAUGUAGCCCAAACACAUGCUGGACGUAAUGCAUGUACGCAAGAAUCUAGUUAUUAUGAGUAUGAAGAAUUUUAUUUUACAGAAACCGAAGACAGCACGACAAAAAUAUCAACAAAUUCGAUUCGAAUUUGGGACUCACCAGGUAUUAAGGAUUGGACAAAAUUAGAUGUGACAGAAUAUGCACAAGAUUUAAUUAACAAAAAAAGUCCAGUUUGUCUCAUUUUUUGUGCAUCACCAAGCACUUAUGUUAAACUUGAACAACUCAAAGGUAUUGUCAAAGCAUGUAAAAAUUUGAAAGUAUUCAUUGCAAUGGUUGUAACAAACAUGUAUGCAUCGGAUGAAGCAGAUAGCAUCUUGAAAUUAUUUCAAGAUACUCUGAUUCAUCAUCAUGCACAACCAAAAGUUAAAGAGAAUAUUUAUUAUUAUGGUUCCAUUGGCCUUUGUACCCAAGUCAAUUCGAUUAAUUAUGUAGUAGGCAAUAUUAGAAAAAAGCCGGAAGGUGUCGACGAGUUAAUGUUAGGCAUUAUGAAAUCAUUAAGUGAUGAAAAACUGUUACAAUGGUGUUUUGCAAUUCAAAACAAUGCUUCAUUCUGGGCUCGAGCACAAAGAAAAAUUUGGAAAUUAUAUUCUUCUCUCAAACAUUCACUCGGUUAUUGA